AUGAUAACAACAGGAGGUCUUCUGCAUAUUACAGCCAAGACCAACGAUUCCUUCCAGUCCUGUGAGCUGGCAAUUAAACACCAAAGGAAAAUGUACAAAAGAAAGAAGAAUGAUGUGGUAAUGGUGAAAGCCAAACUGAAGUUAUGCUCCAUUUCAGGAUUAGUUACUGCUUUUGGGAUCUUGGUAAUGAUGUGGGGAAUUGCAAUGGUACUAAUAGCUUACUGGCCCAUGGCCUACAAGAUUCCCGAAACAAUUGCAGUGUCUCGAAACAUCACCAGUAACAACACAACAGCUGACACUUCAUCUUUGGAGAUUAUUUCUGAAUUUGUAGCCAGCUAUCUACGUUCUGAUAAACUGAAGAUCUUAGGGCCGCUCGUUUUGGGAAUUGGCAUAUUUUUAUUUAUCUGUGCUAAUGCAGCCCUUCACGAGAACAGAGACAAAAAAACUAAAGUGAUCAAUGUGCAAGAUAUUUACACCACAGUAAUAGAUGUGCAUGACAAAAAGAAAACAGAAUAUGGUCCUUUGAAAGGAUUUGUGAAUUAUGUGCAGUGCAAAAGCGUUGACAAUCUCAAGUUUCCAACUCCUUACAAUGCAGCAAUAUUGGCGAAAAGGUCCUGUCAGGCUCCAACUGCAGAUGGCAUUAAAAAAGCUUGAUCCAAUGAAAAGCCCAAGAGAAAAAUAACAAUUGUUUGGCAGGAACUUGACCCAAAGAGCAACAAACCAUUAUCAUAGACUCUGUUCAGUGUCUAUAGAUACAGAAUCAGUGCCAGUGUAAGAAAGAAAAUGCCUGAAAUAAACGGCACUGCAUCCCAUACUACUACAUCCAUUGAUUCACUCACAGUCCCUAUAACUAAAACAAACACAUCUACUCAGACUUAG